UCUUCCCCGGAGUCCACCACAAUCCAUCUUCACUCAAUCAACCAUGGCCGCCCGCGCAGCAACCCGUAACCUCCGUAUUGGACUUAUUCCCGGAGACGGCAUUGGCCGCGAGGUCAUUCCCGCCGGCCGAAAGGUCCUCGAGGCUCUCCCCUCCUCCCUCGGCCUGAACUUCAGCUUCAUCGACCUCGAGGCCGGUUGGGGCACUUUCCAGGCUACCGGCACUGCCCUUCCUGAGCGGACCGUCGAGACCCUCAAGAAGGAGUGCAAUGGUGCUCUCUUCGGUGCCGUUUCAUCGCCCACAACCAAGGUCGCCGGCUACAGCUCUCCCAUUGUCGCCCUUCGUAAGCGGUUGAACCUCUACGCCAACGUCCGCCCCGUCAAGAGCGUCUCCACCGUUCCUGGCGCGAAGCCCGUCGACCUCGUCAUCGUCCGUGAGAACACCGAGGAUCUCUACGUCAAGGAGGAGACCACCAGGACACUCGAGGAUGGUACCAAGGUCGCCGAGGCCAUCAAGAGGAUCUCCGAAACAGCCUCCAAGAGAAUCGGAAAGAUCGCUUUGGAGCUGGCUCUGUCGCGCCAGAAGAUCCGCAACGGCGGUGGCAUCAGCCAUCACUCUGUCCCCAAGCUCACGGUUACCCACAAGUCGAACGUUCUGUCUCAGACCGACGGUCUGUUCCGUGAGACUGUCCGGGCUGUCUACGAUGCCGAGAAGGCUCGCUACCAGGGCAUUACCUACGAAGAGCAGAUCGUGGACUCCAUGGUCUACAAGCUGUUCCUGAUUCCCAGCGAUUACGACGUCAUCGUUGCGCCCAACUUGUACGGCGACAUCUUGAGCGACGGUGCUGCGGCGCUGGUCGGCUCGCUCGGUGUUGUCCCCAGUGCCAAUGUCGGCGAUGACUUCGCUAUUGGUGAGCCCUGCCACGGCUCGGCGCCCGACAUUGAGGGCCGCGGAAUCGCCAAUCCCGUUGCUACCAUCCGGAGUGUCGGUGUUAUGCUGGAGUUCAUGGGCGAGACCGAGGCGGCCGCAGUUGUCCACCGCGCUGUGGAUGCUAACCUCGCCGAGGGUCUCAUCAAGACUCCCGAUCUUGGUGGAAGCAACACUACCGAGGAGGUGGUGGCUGAUGUACUGAGGAGGAUGUAAGUGCGCGAUGUAGUGGCCGUGGGAGGGUGGAUGGAUACCAAGAAUUUAUGAAUGAUGUAUGAGCAUCCGGAACAGCUAUCACUCG